AUGCCCCUCGACACCUCAACCUACUCCCUCGCGCUCCUCCGCCUCGACGGCCGACGCUGGAACGAGCUCCGCCGCAUCCACGCGCAAAUCUCGACCCAAGCCGCCGCCGAUGGUUCCUCCUACCUCGAGAUGGGGAACACUAAGGUCAUCUGCACCGUGACUGGCCCUGCCGAGGGGCGCAGAACCGCACAGGGCGCGGGUCAGGAGUGUAGAGUGGAGGUAGAGAUCAGCAUUGCGGGCUUUAGCGGGGUGGAGAGGAAACGAAGGGGGAGGGCUGAUAAGCGUACCCAAGAAAUGCAGCACACCCUCACAACCGCCUUCACCUCCACCAUCUUCACCCACCUCUACCCGCACUCCACCAUAACCCUAACCCUGCAUGUCCUCUCCCAAGACGGCUCCCUCCUAGCUGCCUGCCUAAAUGCCGCAACCCUUGCCCUGAUCGACGCCGGCAUCCCCAUGUCCGACUACCUGUGCGCCUGCACAGCCGGCAGCACUGCGAACGAGGAUGCCGACGAGCCGCUGCUGGAUCUGAAUGGGCUGGAGGAGCAGGAGCUGCCGUUCCUGACGGCGGGGGUGCUGGGGGACAAUGAUAAGGUUGCAGUGUUGAUGCUGGAGACGAGGGUUAGAGUCGAGAGGGUUGAGGGCAUGUUGGCGGUUGCGGUGGAUGGGUGUAAGAGGGUUAGAGGGAUUUUGGAUGCGGUUGUUAGGGCGCAUGGGAGGAGGAUAGUUGAGGAGGGGGUGUGA